CACAGCUCCGACAAGCCGGGGGAGAGCUGAAGGAGGUACAGGACCACAGCGAUGGAGCAUUUCUAGAAGAUAACGGCGAGCUCCCCCGUUGGAGAUAAUUGAACAGAGUCAUCUACAUGACCAAAGAAACAAGACCGGCAACGAGAAACGCAAGCGUAACAAUCAUGCAAUUUAAAUACAGACGAAUCUAAAGCAACCGCUUGUUCUUCAAGGUUACACCGCUUGAAGACGUCCCCUCAUCCCCCCCUUGUCGCAGAUCAGCUGGCGUUAACGUUGGUUGAUCGUCACCGGUACCGAUCAUGUCCGUGGAAGAGCAGCAAGGCUACACCGACGCUAUGCUGUUGCUGGAGGCCGGGCCGGAGUGGAUGCGGGCCGAGAUCGAGCGUCUCUCCCGGGAGCUGAGUGAGACCACGAACGAGAAGAUCCAGGCGGCGGAGUAUGGGCUGGCGGUGCUGGAGGAGAAGCAGCAGCUCAAACAGCAGUACGAUGAUAUGGAGAUUGAGUACGAGGCCGUCAGGCAGGAGCUAGACCAGCUGAAAGAGGCCUUUGGACAAGCCUACUCCAACCACAGGAAGGUGGCAGCGGAUGGGGAGAGCCGUGAGGAGUCUCUUAUCCAGGAGUCAGCCUGUAAGGAGGCCUACUACGAGCAGAGGGUCCUGGAGCUGCAGACCGACCUCCGCCAGGCACGCAACAUCCUCACCAACACCCAGUCUGAGAAUGAACGCCUGAACACCAUUACCCAAGAGAUGAGAGAGAACAGCCAGAUGGUGGAGCUCCAGAGGAAUCAGCUGCGUGACGACAUCAAGGAGUACAAGUUCCGGGAGGCUCGUCUGCUGCAGGACUACACCGAGCUGGAGGAGGAGAACAUCUCGCUGCAGAAGCAGGUGUCCGCGCUCAAGCAGAGCCAGGUGGAGUUUGAGGGUUUGAAGCAUGAAAUCCGUCGCCUGGAGGAGGAUACUCAGUUCCUUAACAGCCAGCUGGAGGACGCCAUCCGCCUGAAAGAGAUUGCUGAGCGUCAGCUAGGGGAGGCCCUGGAGACCAUCAAGACUGAGCGUGAGCUGAAAGCAUCCCUGAGGAAAGAGCUCUCCCACUACAUGAGCAUCGGAGACACUCUGUACAACAGCCCUCUAAGCAUCUCUUUGGAUGGUCUCAAGUUCAGCGAUGACGCCGCCACCGAACCCAAUAACGAUGAGGCUCUCCACGGAUAUGAGAACGGAUUCACCAAACUGGCCAAUGCCAUCACCGAGGACAACCGCAUCUCCAUGCCCAAGAAGGAAGAGCUGUUCCAUCCGGCGCCCAGCCUUGUGGACGACCUGUUGAGCGAACUUAACAUCUCUGAGAUCCAGAAGCUCAAACAACAGCUGAUGCAGAUGGAGCGUGAGAAGGUCAACCUGCUGUCCACCCUGCAGGACUCCCAGAAACAGUUGGAGCAGGCUAACGGCGCUCUGUCAGAGCACCAGGAGAAAGUCAACCGCCUCACCGAGAACCUCAAUGCCAUCCGCAAGCUCCAGGCCAGCAAGGAGCGCCAGUCUGCACUGGACAACGAGAAAGAACGGGAUAGCCAUGAAGACGGAGACUACUACGAGGUGGACAUCAACGGACCUGAGAUCCUGGAGUGCAAGUACAAGGUCGCUGUUUCUGAGGCAGGAGAGCUGAAGGAGGAACUGAAGACUAUAAAAACAGAAUACCAGGCCUGUCAGUCUCGUUAUGAAGAGGAGCGCACCCGUCUGCAGAACGAUGUCACAACGCUGGGAGUGAAGCUGGCCACUCUGGAGAAGACUAGUCAGACAGAGAGAGAAGAGAAGGCUAAGCUAGAGAAGGAGCUUCGCAAGGUGAGUGAUGUGGCUGGUGAGUCGCAGGGUAGUCUGAGUGUGGCACAGGACGAGCUUGUCACCUUCAGUGAAGAACUGGCCACCCUCUACAACCACGUCUGCAUGUGCAACAACGAGACGCCCAACCGUGUCAUGCUCGACUUCUACAAAGAGGGUAAGGGGGGUCGCAGCAGCCCGGAGGGCCGUGGCCGCCGCUCCCCCAUCUUGCUCACCAAAGGCCUCUUCCCUGAGCCUGGUAAGACCGACCUAAGCGACGGAGCCCCAUCACCAGUCUCCUCCCUGCCUUCUCCUGUGUCUGACCACCGCCGUGAGCCCAUGAACAUCUACAAUCUGGUGGCUAUCAUCAGAGACCAGAUCAAGCACCUGCAGCUUGCUGUGGACCGCACCACAGAGCUGUCGCGCCAGAGGGUGGCCUCUCUGGAGCUCGGCACUGUGGCCGACAAGGACAAGGAAGCCUGCAUGGAGGAGAUCCUCAAACUUAAAUCCCUCCUCAGCACCAAGAGGGAACAGAUUGCAACUCUGAGGACCGUCCUCAAGGCCAACAAGCAGACAGCUGAAGUUGCUCUGGCCAAUCUGAAGAGCAAGUAUGAGAACGAGAAGGCCAUGGUGACCGAGACCAUGAUGAAACUGAGGAAUGAGCUCAAAGCCCUGAAGGAAGAUGCUGCCACCUUUUCCUCCCUCAGAGCUAUGUUCGCCACACGUUGUGAUGAAUAUGUCACUCAGCUGGAUGAGAUGCAGAGGCAGCUGACUGCAGCAGAGGAUGAAAAGAAGACCCUGAACUCCCUGCUGCGCAUGGCUAUCCAGCAGAAGCUGGCCCUGACACAGCGCCUGGAAGACCUGGAGUUCGACCACGAGCAGACGCGCCGAGGAGGCAAUACCGGCCGGGCUAAGACCCGCAGCAAGGCCACCAGCAGCGCCGCCAACAACCCCCACGUAAGUCAGAGUCUCACCUGCUCUGGCUCCAGCCGACCAGAGCUCAACAAUGCCAUGCCCAAUGGCAUCCUGGGAGGCCCUGGUGUCUUCUGCAGCGAGAAGUACAAGAUCUACUGCGACUGAGGAGAAGUCUGCAAAGGACUGCUGUGUACAGAGGGGAGGGGGCCUACGGGCCAAACCCUCCCUGCCUUAGUGUUAAGAGCCCCACUUGCUCGCUUAGCUCCCUGACCAGCCUGCGCUCCUCUAGGGACUGCUGUGUGACUAACCGGCUGCUCGUGUGUGCUAGUGUAAACGCUUAGGGGAAUGCAGAUGUAUGUACAGUGUGCACUAGACGUUUGGACUGUAGUAGACAUAUAUGGCAUGUGGAUUAUGGGGCCCCUGUUAUUUUGGGGGUUUUGUGGAUAUUAUGGAGUGUCUAUUCUUUCCGCUGUCAUGGUGCUGUACGUAUGAUGUAAAAGGUAGCAGCUUUUGUGGUCGUUUGUUCUGGCCCCCUAAGUAUAUUGCCUGGUAACAGUAACACAUUGUGGGGGUGAGGACUUGUAAAGAGGGUGUUGAUCUGACAGUCUUGUGACUUAAUACAACAUCCUCUGCUCCUCCGCUCGUCUGUCGGCAUUGGUGCUCCUUUAAAAAAAAAAAAAGCCUCCUUCUCUCCUCUGCCUCUCUGUCCUGCCCCCCCCCUCCCGGCCCAGGACUGACCUGUGUCCAGCAGCCCACUGUCUAAUCAGGUCACUGUAAUGUUUACAAGAAGAAAAUGGAAUUAAAUAUGCAAUCUCCCUCUGCUUUCUUGCUAGGGGAGCACAGAAUGAUUCUACGCAGAAAUUCAAAAACUCAUAAUUGGGUUGGCUGAUGGUUUCAUGAUGGAAAUGUUUGGGCAGAAAAGGAGCACCUGUGACCACAGGUGUUUAUUUCAGGAUUAUAUUAAAGCUGUGAUACUAGCACACCAAUAUAGUAGGGUCUGUAGAAUCGCAUGGCUUUGCAGCUGAAACGCUUAUGAGCUUUUUAACUGUUUUUCUGUUGUCAGGUGUGUGGUACAAGACGGACUCAUGUACUACAGGGCUCUACAUUGUAAAAGAGUUAUUUGGUGUCAGGUGAAAUACAAGAGGGCUAUUCAAUGUGACCCAUUAUGUUGGGAUGGAUUCUUUCAGAGCCAUGUUAUAAGAGAGAAAGGAAGUUUGAAAAAUCAAUCUCCACACCAAAAUUAAGUGCACUUCAGCAUAGGUGCCUCAGGUUCCUGCUUCUGUUAAAAUGGAUAUAAUGAUUACUGUGAACAGAGAUACAAUAUAGUUUUGAUCAAAGAUGAUUUUUUUUAAAAAUGGAGCAAAUUCCAGAAGAGCACAAAUCAAAAAAAGACACCCGCAUCUGGAUAACAGAUCUGCAAACAAAAAACAAUCAACCACUUGGCAAAAAGUGCCUGGCAACCCAAACACUUGAUAUAUUUAUCUAUCUGUUGAUGUAAAGCCCUGUCCUUGUGUCUCAACUUGAGCUAACGCUUUUCUUUUCCUUCUCUCCCCUCAUCCUCUGUCUCCCCCUCUAUUUUUGGGAGAUCGCUCAGAGAUCUCCAAUAAUCUUCUGUGUGGUUAUGUGGCUGAAAACCCUUUUUUCCUCAUGUCUCUAAUCUUUUUCUUGUCACUCGGUCGCCACGACGACCUUCUCUCUUUUAGAUUGUCAGCAGCUUGCUCCCCCAGCGUCACCACUCACCCUUUAAAUAAUGAGGAAUAUUUUUGUCAGGUAACGUCCUCACGUACGUUGUGUUCCCGAUAUUUGCCUGUGUGUAUAUCGCAGCGUUAAAGUGAAGGGCCCUCACGUGUGUAUCAUGUUUUUUAACUUUGCAAAUGGAGGGUCAUUCACUUGUUUUUAUUUGUGUUUGGUGUGUGAGGACGAAGCGAUGUUUUAGUACACAAAAUAGCUUUAACCCCUUUGCAAAUAGGAAAAAAAUAUAAGUGGGGCUUGUGUUUAUUAAUCCAUGUACUGCUUGUGGAUCAUAGACACAUUAGCUUUAUGAUGCUAAAAGCAGGGUUGAUAUGAGGGAUUCCUGCAAGAUUUAACAAAUUAUGCGUUUUCUACUACUACUAAGCUAUAUAUGAAAUUCUAUAUUCUUAAUAUGAUCAUGUUCAGGUUGAAAUCUUGCAGGAUCCUACUUACAGUAUUCAUUCCUCUCCAAUAUGAAAAGAGGGAGCUUAUUUGUUCCUCACAAAGUGGAACAACAUCAGCGGUCAACCCUGCUUGAGUGUGCAUCCAUAAGCCACAGCACACAGCAUGGAGACAAAGCUAUCGUACACAUUAGGGAAAAAGAAGAAGAAAAAAAAAGCAACCUCCGUAGAGGUCAAUCACUCUUACGUUUGUGAUUUCACUUACAAGUGCGAUAUAUUCUGUUUCUAUCAGUUAGCGCUGACGGAGAAAAAGGUUUGGGGAGUAGAGAAGGGAGAACUACUCAUAUUGUAAACCAGCUCCUGAGAGACGAGAUAAGAAAGCUAGACAUGCUGGUGAAGAAAGCCAGAUGUCCAGCGGAGAAAUAAAUCCCAGGACUUUCCUACGGGAGAAACUCCUGGUUAUUUUUGGAGGAAAACAAAAACAAAAAAGAAACACAAGACUGGUUGUUUCAAUCAACCAGCGGACAUUGAUUCAAACUAGUCGAGCCCCUAACCCCUUCCCCUUGUACAGGCUCGGUGGAGUCACUGAGCAGUAGAUAGACCCCAGGAUGUGAUUGUGAUUAGAAAACCUUCUCACUGGAUGGACGGAUCCCAGCUUUGCUCCAUCUACUUUGAAAUCAAUGUCUGGCUUAUAUGGUGUCAUAACAGCAUGCCACCUAAAAAAAAAAAGAAGCUCCUCCUACCUCUGCCUGCAGGCUCCUCCCACCUCACUUUUAAGUUUUACGACAUGUGAUGCAUCGAGUUUCUGAUAUGUUGUAAGCCUGCAUGUCACAAAACAUAACCCAUUUUUCAUUAACUUGCAUGUCAUAUGAGAAAGACCCAUCUCCUCUGACCUGGCUGGUGGGAUUUGUCUUCAAAUCUGUCCUAAGAAUGAAAGCUCAUGGUACUUGUGAGUCAUUGGCUUCCUAAUUGCACCCGCAGGGUAACUGGUGGUGAAUGUGUAUUCACAUCAGCUCCUCAGACACAUAUUGACAAUGUCGAUAUGACAGAAACAGGACGCUCUUACAUAACAUUGGUUGCCUCUGGGCUCCUAACAUCGGCUUCUGUCGCUUUGACUAACUACGGCCGCCGUCUGCUCUGUCUGUGUGGACUCCAGCUGCUGACCAUGUUAACAGUCGCUCUAAAUUGACAAAUAAUGCUAUUGCUGAUCAUUUGUUUGUUUGUUUGUUUCUCCAUUUUGCAGUAAUUACAGUAAUUCUGCGAGGAUGACGAAGUACCAACACAAGGUCCAUUCUCACUGCUGAUUGAGUUCGCCGAAAAAGAGUUUAGCACUCACUAUAAUCCAUUUGGACUUGAAGACCAAAAAAAAAAAAUGCUAAAAGAAAACACUGAUUUCACUGAUUGAUGUUCCAUCAACUGUCCUACUUCCUUCUUAUUCCUUGAUCUGACGUGUAUUGGAAAUAUACUUGGUCUCUAUCUUUUUGCGUGCUGCUACUAGAAGCCAAUUUCUCACAAGUCCGAUGAAACUGAUUCAAACUUACCAGAGGUUGUUAUUGGCUAAUCUAACCCUCCAAUGAGAAGUUGGGGGAGAUGGGGUUGUUCCUAAUGUAAAUCAACAAGCUGUUUUGUCUGAUUUCAUCUUUUUUUUUCUUUUGUUUUAGUUUAUUUUUAAUCUGUGCACUUUCAUUAUAUAGGAUUAUAACAGAAUAUUAUUAACCUCUAGGAAAGCGUGGUAGUACUAUGGUUUGUGAGUUAUUCAGUAUAGGCUGUAAGAAUCUAGGAUUUAUACGCCCUACUGAAUCGUCUGCGACUAUUUACUCAAGUAAAGGUUCCACAAACCACAUACCUACUAUUUUGACGUAAUCCUCAAGAUUUUAUCCAUCAAAUAAUCAUUCUUAAAUUGUUUUGUUACACCAUAUGUUUUGCUGUUGGUUUUCUUAUAUGUUUGUUCUACUGCCAUGUUCUAUACGAAAAUCCAGGGUGAUCAAAUUCUGGGGUUUUUUCAUGUAUUUAUUAUUCCUAGGAAUAGUUCAAAAUAACAAAAUGAAACUUGACAACGCUCUGACUCAAAUAGGUAAGAUGUGUUUUGGGAAAAAUUGAGUGAUAUGAUAUAUGCUUUUCCUAGCUUCUUACCGAGGGCGUUCCACUGAAACGGGAUCACUGACUUUCCGAAUUCUCUGCAAAGUGCAACAAUUAAAUUCCAAAUUGGAAUUGUUUCAUUCUCUCUUCGUUUAUCGUGCCAAAUCUUGGUGCACCAUUUAGGUUGAAAAGAAUCAAGACUCUUGAAAGAAGACAAACCGUCGCUGAGAAAAGGUGUAGUUUGGGCCAUGGCUCUCCAUGCGAGCGCCGGGGUUUUGUUUUUUGGUUUGUUUAGUUCUUUGUUUCUGACCAGUAGUGCCUUUCAUUGUUUCAAGGGAGAAUCUUAGACUAGUAUUUUAUGUUUUCACUUUUUUUUUAUAGGUGAGGACUUUGGGUUCAAAAUGACUGUGAGCAGCAAUAAAUGCAAAGGGAAUUUCCCCCUUUCUGCAUGAGUGAGACGAUAGUUUUGAAAAUUAGCUCAAUAAAACAAAAAUUGCAUUGAAUUCUGCAGGUCAGUGAUCCGCUCAAUAAAUUCAGGGGUAUUAAGAAAAGGUUGUUUUUUUAUCAAACUUUGGGAACCAAAAGAAAUCCCUUUGGCCUCCUGUUAUUGAACAAAAUGCUCCAAGCAUCUGUAAUGUGUUGGGGUAGAUCAGUGUACUAUUGGAAACAUCUAUGUAUCUCUAGCUUUGUUUGGUGAAGGUAAUGUGAUAUCAAUAGUAUUGUUGAAAAAGAAAUGUGCAGAGAGCGCAUUUUUACUUUAUUUUAUGUCCAAUUUGAGUUUUGUUUGUUGUUUUCUUUUUCAAUUUUUAUUCUUAAAUCUUUUUUUUACAUCAUCUUUGAGCAUUAUGUUUUCAGGAAACAGAAAACUAAACUGGCAUCAACAAGCUUGAAUAGUGCCAUUAUAGCCAAUGCUUGUUUGUUGAGGCGUUAAACUUACCAAUAUGGACAAGAAGCUAAAAAAGAAAAGUGCAAUUCUGAUACUGUUUCACAUUUUUAAAGAAAAGAGAAAGUUUUCUGUUUGCUGGAAGCCAUAGCAUUGUGAUAAUACAAUUAGCUGUGCAAACUUUAUAUUGUCAUAUUGUGUUUCAGUAUUGAUCCAUAAUGAGAGUUUGAUAUCUUUAUAUGAAAUAACGACUUCACCUGUAUGUUGGUAUUUAUUUGAAUGGUCAUGCAGUACUGUAUUCUUAUCAAUAAUGUGCAUUAUGAUUAGUGGCAUAUUGAUUACAGCUAAAUGUCAUAUGCAUGUUUCUCGGUCAUGGGACCUUUACACAGAAUUGAAAACAAACAUGUAAACCUUUGUCAGGGUGUUUAAAAAAAGAAAGAAAAAAGUGGGCGGGGGGGGGGGGGGGGGG